AUGGCAGCCAUGACAGAUUUGAGUCCCACAGAAGAAAUGAAUAAAUAUUCCCAAGAGAUGCAAGUGGAUAAAAAAAUUCUUUCCAGAAAAGUUCCAACCUUGUGUUCUGCCCGUUAUGGAAUAGCCUUUAUCACACAUCUCUGCAACUUCACAUUGAGGGCACAGGGUAUCAUCAUGAAUAUCACCAUGGUAGCCAUGGUCAACAACACAAACUAUCAGUUCCAGUUUAAUAGUUCCACAGAAGGGCCUUCUGACUCAUUUGAUGCCCAAAGGAGUCUUCUCUCAAAGGCAUCUGUAUAUAAUUGGAGCCCUCAAAUCCAGGGCAUUAUCUUUGCUUCUGUCAACUAUGGUAUGAUUUUGACCCUGGCUCCCAGUGGAUACCUUGCUGGAAGAAUAGGAACAAAAAAAGUGGUUGGUUUUUCUUUAUUUGGAUCUACGCUUCUCACUCUCUUCAUUCCUCUGGCAGCUGACCACGGGCUAGUUGUUCUCAUUACAGUUCGAGUGGUUCAGGGCUUAGUUCAGGGCUCGGCAUUUGGGGGUCAAUUUGCAAUUUGGGAAAGAUGGGGUCCUCCACAUGAACGAGGCCGACUCUGUUCCAUUGCUUUAUCAGGAGUGAUGCUUGGAAUCUUCACUGCCAUCCUCCUGGGUGGCAUCAUCAGCCAAGCUCUUGGGUGGCCUUUUGCCUUUUAUAUCUUUGGAGGUGUGGGCUGUGUCUCCUGUCUCCUCUGGUUUACUUUGGUUUAUGACGACCCCGUCUCUCACCCAUGGAUAACCAUCACAGAAAAGGAAUAUAUCAUAUCUUCCUUGGCACAACAGGUCAACAUAUCUUCUGAGCCUUCUCUUCCCAUCAAAGCCAUGCUCCGAUCUCUACCACUUUGGUCCAUGUUUUUGUGCGGUUUCUCCCAUCAGUGGUUGGUUAAUAUGAUAGUUACAUACACACCAACUUACAUCAGCUCUGUGUUUAAGGUUAACAUCCGAAAUAAUGGAUUUCUAUCUGCCCUUCCUUUCAUUGUGUCCUGGAUCACUGGAAUGCUGGGAGGUCAACUGGCUGAUUUUCUCCUAACAAAGAACUUUAGGCUUGUGACAGUGAGGAAAAUUGCCACAUUUCUAGGCAAUCUCCCCCCUUCAUUAUUGAUUGUGGUCCUGCCCUACAUCACCACCAGCUAUAUCACAACAAUGGUCCUACUGAUGAUCGCAGUUGGACUGAUGCCAUUAUGUCAAUCUGGGAUCUAUAUCAAUGCUUUAGAUAUUGCUCCAAGACAUUCCAGUUUCCUCAUGGGAGCCUCAAGGGGAUUUGCACAAACAGCUGCUAUCUUAUCACCCACAGUGUGUGGAUUUCUUCUCAAUCAGGAUCCUGAAUUUGGAUGGAGGAAUACCUUUUUCCUGUUGUUUGCCAUUGACCUAUUAGGAUUGAUCAUCUACCUCAUAUUUGGAGAAGCAGAAAUCCAAGAAUGGGCUAAAGAGAGGAAACUCACUCGUUUAUGA